UUUGUUUUAAUUUGUUUUAAUUUAAUUUAAUUUUUAAUUUAAUAAUAAAAAAUUGUUUUUUUUAAAAUAUUGAUUGUCUGUCAGUGUGUUAGCCAUGAAUAGAGCCGACGAAAUAAGGGAUCAGAUCAGACAAAUGCGAUAUUUGACGGAAGAAAAGAAGUUCAUCGACGAUAUAAUCCGCAAAAUCGAUGACCAGAGGAAUCGGCUUCAAUUGGAAGAGAUGACACUCAGAAGGAUAUAUAACAAUACCAUGACUGAAGACCAUCAAGAAUAUGAUGAAUUGAACGAUCAGAUGGUCGUUGCCGAUGAUAGUAACGAUAGGAUUGCUGCCAACAGCUACUUGUGUAGCGGCACUCCCAGCGGUGCCAUUGAGGAACCGAUGGUUAUUCUGGAUCGGCUGCCCAUCGAGGAUAGGAUGACCAACAACAAGAAGAAGCCCAACGCUGUCGCCGAAACCAUUGAACUCGAUGUCAGCAAAGUAUUGCUUCGUCUGGCGUGUGGAGGAAGUCUUGAUAACCAACAAGUUGUUGAAGAAGAGGAGGAAGAAGAAGAAGAAGAAGAAGACGACGAAGACUAUUAAAUGCGAUAUUACUGAUUGAUUGCUGUAAGUCAUCAUCACAUUUGUGAUAUAUA